AUGUCGCCCAAGAAGGUGGUGGCGGCCAGUCACUGCACCAUUGAGGACGUCGGCCGCAUGUUCCAGCAGAUUCACAAGAGUGCCGCACACAUACACAAGUGCAAGACACAGCUGCUGUCGCACGCCGAGGAGAAUAGAGUAGAUGUUGUUGAUGCCGUAUGCCGUGCUGUGCUGCUGGUGCUGAAGGAGUCGCCACGGCUCGCGCUCGAAUCCCUCAAGCGCCACUACACCUUCCUUACAGAGGUAUGCAAAGGCUUUCGUGAGCGCUUCCGCUCCGAUGAGAUCGCCAUUGCCCUCUUGAAGACCGUGGAGCCGUUUCACAACGCGAACGACAAGGCGGUGCGUCUCGGUGUUGUCUCCAUCUUUGACACUCUGCUAAAGACAGUGGACCAGACUGACACAACGGAAGAGCGGCAGAACUUCUACCAGAGCGUGGCGGAGAUGCUGAAGCUUCGGGUGCAUGAUAAGCAUCCAGCGGUACGUGAGAGGGCUGUCUCCGCUGUCUCGUGCUUUCAGUCGGGCAAGAAAGACUGUGACGUGACGCAGCAGCUGCUAGCGUUACUGUGCACCGACACCGUGGCAGAUGUGCGGCGUCAGGUGCUGCGCUGCGUGUGCGCACGCAAGGAGUUCCUCGAGGGAUACUUUCACGGAAUGAUUCGCUGUGUGCGCGACGUUGUUGCGCGCGUGCGGGUGGAGGCGUGGGACGCUAUCUCCCGCUUCCACUGGAAGUACGUCGCUGCCUACGCUGCAGCGAAAAAUGUUGCGCUGCCAGAGUUGAUUCGCCAAGGACUUUCAGACGCGAGUAGUUCCGUCGUGAUUGCGUGCAGAGCGGCGGUGACGAACUGCUGGCUGCACCGCGACUAUAAAGACGACUGCGCGGCGAUGCUGGAGCUCGUGCUCGGAGGCGGGGCGCUAGAGCCAUACGAAGUGCUGUGCACCGAGAUGCUGCAGUACGGCCGGAAGCACAAAAACGCCACAGUGUACGUCAUAGACUUUGAGUGUGUCAGCGCCACGUCGCUGCUUCUAUGGAAGACUAAUGCGAAACUGUCGGCCGACACAGAGGGUGACGAUGAGACGGCUGUCCUGCUACCGCUGCCGCAAUUCAGCGCACUGCUGCAGGACACAGUGUACGCCUACGCCCGCCCUGAUGUAGAGCCGAAGAUGGCAAAGUUUAAGAAUGUGGACGAAGCCGACAUUAUGCUGCGUGUGCUGCUCUCUGCAUUUGACGUUUACGAGGAGAACGGCUACCUCACGCAUGCCGAUAACACCACACGCAGUAGUCUGCUUCGGAUUAUUGGAUUUCUCCUCAAAGUGGUCCCCGAUGACGACCCCGCACUCUUCGUUGACGUUGCCGUGCGCUCACUCAAGGCUCUGACGGAGCGUAUACCAGAGGAGGCGACCAAGACAAUCACAUCAGCACUGGAUUCCCUCUUCCGAAGUCUCAAGUUGCCGCAGAUGUAUGCGCUUGGUUACGACGACGUAGAGGCGUUUGGACGCAAGAGCCGUGAGCGGCAGCGCGAGUUGAUUCGCCGCCGCAUGAAACUUCGUGGUGGAGAGUCAACACAGGAGGAAUACGACCAAUUAAAAGAGGAAAUGGACAGAGAUGAGAAGUUCCUGCUGCGCAUGCAAUACAUUGUGUUGGCAUUUCUCUCACACUCUCAGCGGGGCGACACCAUCCCAACAUUCUGCUCACAUGUUAUUCAACUGGGCCGGCAACAGGACAAUGAGGCGGUCAAAGUUGCCUCUACCACCUCUCUGGGGCUUCAGUGCCUCGUAAACCCAGAUACGGUGCACACCUUCCUGCCGCUCAUUCUCAGUGAUGCCAAUGAGAUUGUUGGGAAUCCAGAGCGGUGUGUUUCACUUGCUGCCUUGGGAGUCGUCUUUGACCUUGUGAUGGAGUAUGGCUUGCGUUUCUUUGACUGCCCCGCUCAUGGUACUGGCAACUACGCCCACAACAACAGUAGUGGUAGCGGCAAUGCCGUGGAUGCUGAUGCUAUUCCUGUUGGUGCUGAUGAUGGUGGUAUGGAAACACGUCUACAGCACGAGCGGGCUUUGGCACAGGAGGAGGAGCAUAAGGUUGGGGGCAAUAACUUGCUGAACACUCUCCGCUCCUUCCUGCGGAUACCCUGUGCAGAGAAGAAUCCAAUGGCAGUUGUCGGUUUCUGCAAACUUCUCAGCUGCAAUCGUCUUCCUCAGGGUCAGUUGCCUGAGAUCAUUGCUGAUAUCUUGAUGCACUAUGUGUCUUACCGCCAGGAAGAGAAGGGGAAUAUUCGUGCGUCCUACAUGNCAGACUACCUAAACAAAUUCUUUUACAGCUUUGCCUCAAGUCACCCAAAUCGUCAGUCUGCCUUUGCCCAAGGUGGUAUGAUAGCCUUCCGCGUCUUGCUGCCCCACGGCCCGAGUGCUGCGCUGCGUCUGAUGGAAUUCGUCACGCGGCUCUCUGACGCAUUCAUUCUCGUGCAGGUGCGUGAGAUCGAUCCCGAGACGGCACGUCAGGUUGCGCGGCUCGCGGAAAGCAGCAACCAGCCCGCUGAAGACACCACACUGGCGAGGAACACGUCGACGCGUACAGCGGCGACACGCACAUCGACACAAAGCGGCCGCUUGUCGAGGGAGUUGAGCCGUUUCUCCCUCCACGAGUACAUCGCGAGCGAGUUGCUUCUCGAUAUCGCACAGAACGACUCCGUGGAAAUGCAGAGUGCGUGCAUGGAGACGCUGGAGAAGCGUAUGUACUUUUACGCGAAGGGUUUCCCGACAUGGCUGCUGUACUGCACGACCCGUGCGUUGGAGGUUGCGGAGGGCAGCGUCAAGUCGCGGCUUCAGGCAUGGCGGGAUGAUGUCUGCGCACGUUUCUCACCGUCAUACGACAGUGACGGGGACAGCACCGAGGCCAACGCCUCUAAAUGGGAGGAGACCNUCGAGGCGAGGGAACGGGCAGCGGCGAAGCUGCUCGACAGCGCUGUCGCUGCUGCCGUGUGCAAUGGUGUUCGCUGCUUGCCAUUCAGUGGCGCCGAUGACGGGGCGGCAGCGCCAGCACGAGUGGAGAAGAAACGAGUGCGAGAGGUCGAUUCAGCAUUUGGCGUUGACGCCAUUACGGGUCGCCAAAAGAAGACGCGCCGCUAG